AUGGAUUUCGGAAAAUAUCCCUGCCGGUCUCUAAGAUGGCGUUUGUGCUACAAACUGACGUCGCAAAGCGUUGCGUUUCUCUUUUUUCUCAGUCAUGCUGCCAGUGGUCAGAUACGUUAUUCAAUCCCAGAAGAGAUGAAGAAGGGGUCCCUUAUUGGGAAUGUCGCGUUGGACCUUGGAAUAGAUAUGCAGAGGCUCCGUUCUGGUCGGGCCCGUAUCGUGACCGGAGAGAGCAUCCAGUACACCGAGCUGAAGACAGACAAAGGGAUUCUAGUCGUGAACGAGAGAAUAGACCGAGAGCAGCUUUGCGGAGACGUGACGCCGUGCAGCUUCAGCUUUGAGGUGAUUUUAGAAAACCCCAUGGAGCUACACCACAUAACGAUUGAAGUGUUAGAUGUGAAUGAUAAUUCACCUUCUUUUCAUCAGCACGACGAUAUUAUGUUAGAAAUAAGCGAGUCUGCUAACCUUGGGGCGCGAUUUGUGCUGGACAGUGCGGAGGAUCUUGACGUUGGCGUCAAUGGCCUACAAAAUUAUGUUUUAACCCCAAACGAUAAUUUCGUUUUAAAGCAGCACGUAAAUCCAGACGGGAGUAAAUAUGCAGAGAUGGUGCUUCAGAAGCAGUUAGACAGAGAGGAGGUUCCCAGUCUAUCUUUAAAGCUUAUAGCAUUAGAUGGUGGAAAUCCACAGAGAUCUGGCACCGUGAAUAUAAACAUAAUAGUUUUAGAUGUCAAUGACAAUGCGCCUACUUUCAACCAGUCUGUUUAUAAGGCCACUGUGAUAGAAAACACAGCAAAGGGCACUAAUAUCGUUACUGUUAAUGCCACAGACGCAGAUAGUGGAUCGAAUAGUUACAUCACAUACUCAAUUUCAAACGUGAAAAGCAAUAUAGCUGAUUUGUUGUCCAUAGAUCAAGUCUCUGGUGUGUUAUCUGUUUCCGGCCCGAUAGAUUAUGAAAAAGAUAAAAAAUACGAGCUCAGAAUUGAUGCAAAGGACCAGGGAGGUUUGACAGACUCGAGUAAAGUUAUAGUGGAUGUGAUUGACGUGAAUGAUAAUCCACCCUUCAUUAAUGUCAUGUCAUUCACUAGUCCUGUGUCAGAGGACUCCCCUCCUGGUACAACGAUUGGUAUUAUAAAUGUAAAAGACCUCGAUUCAGGUGAUAACGGGAAAGUCAGUUGUACAAUAGAGCAAAACGCGCCUUUCAAGAUUAAAUCCAAUUUGAGAAAUUACUAUACUUUGGUAACAGACACUGUAUUGGAUCGUGAAAGUGUUUCAGACUAUAACAUCACUGUUGUUGCGACAGAUGCAGGAUCGCCUCCUCUCUCAACAAAAAGAACGUUUCAUUUAAUGGUCUCAGAUGUGAACGAUAAUUCUCCAGUGUUUUCACAACGUGUUUACAACGCAUUUAUCGUAGAAAAUAAUUCUCCGGGCGUUUCUCUUCUCACUGUUAAGGCUAAAGAUCCUGAUGAAAACCAAAACUCCCGUAUAUCUUAUAUACUGGAGGAUACUAAUAUCGGUGGGUCUCCAGUUUCUCACUCUGUGUCAGUAAAUGCAGAAAGCGGAGUGAUACACGCAGUUCGCUCCUUUGACUAUGAGCAAAUUAAACAGCUGGUUUUCGUCGUCAAAGCGCAGGAUGGAGGUUCUCCUCCACUCAGUAGCAAUGUGACCGUGAAAAUACUGAUCCAGGACCAGAACGACAACCCCCCUCAGGUUCUGUACCCAGUCCAGACCGGGGGCUCUCUGGUGGCUGAAAUGGUGCCUCGUUCAGCAGAUGUGGGCUAUCUGGUGACUAAAGUGGUGGCUGUCGAUGUGGACUCUGGACAGAAUGCCUGGCUCUCCUAUAAACUGCAGAAAGCCACAGACAGGGCGCUGUUUGAAGUGGGCUUACAGAAUGGAGAAAUCAGAACAAUCCGCCAAGUCACCGAUAAAGAUGCUGUGAAACAGAGACUGACUGUUAUAGUGGAGGACAACGGGCAGCCCUCUCGUUCAGCUACAGUCGUUGUGAACGUGGCGGUGGCGGACAGCUUCCCUGAAGUGCUGUCGGAGUUCACUGACUUUCCGCACGACAAGGAGUACAAUGACAACCUGACUUUUUACUUAGUGUUGGCUCUGGCUGUGGUUUCCUUCCUCUUCAUCACGUGUUUAGUGGUUAUUAUAUCGGUGAAAAUCUACAGAUGGAGACAGUCUCGCAUCCUGUAUCAGUCCAGUCUCCCCGUGAUUCCGUAUUAUCCACCACGUUACUCAGACACUUUGGGGACAGGGACUCUCCAACACGUGUACAACUACGAGGUGUGCAGGACGACUGACUCCAGAAAGAGUGACUGUAAGUUCGGCAGAGCUGGUAGUCAGAACGUGUUGAUAAUGGACCCCAGUUCUACGGGGACGAUGCAGCGGCUACAGGGUGAAAAGAGCAUCCUGGAUGAACCAGACUCUCCUCUAGAGGUGAGUUAAAUAAUGUAG